UUCCUUUUUCUUUCAGAUCCAGACUGGGCCUCCCACAGCCUGGGAAUCUUCAUCUGUUUAAACUGUUCAGGAAUCCAUCGCAAUAUUCCCCAAGUCAGCAAAGUGAAGUCGGUCCGUUUAGAUGACUGGGAUGAUGCUCAAGUUGAGUUUAUGGCUGCGAAUGGAAACAAUGUAGCAAAAGCAAAAUAUGAGUCCAAGAUGCCACCGUUUUAUUACAAGCCAACAUUUCUUGACUGUCAACUGCUGCGGGAACAGUGGAUCAGAGCCAAAUAUGAAAGAAAAGAAUUCAUUCACAGUGAGAAGCAAGAACCCUAUUCUGCAGGAUACCGAGAAGGAUUUCUGUGGAAGAGAGGACGUGACAACGGACAGUUCUUGAGCCGAAAAUUCGUGUUAUCGGAGAGGGAAGGUGCCCUGAAGUACUUCAACAAAAACGACGCAAAAGAACCCAAAGCGAUUAUGAAGAUUGAACACUUAAAUGCGACUUUCCAGCCUGCAAAAAUAGGGAACCCGCAUGGAUUGCAGAUCACUUACUUGAAAGACAACAGCACAAGGAACAUCUUUGUCUAUCAUGAAGAUGGCAAGGAGAUCGUGGAUUGGUUCAAUGCCAUUCGCGCAGCGCGGUUUCAUUACUUACAAGUGGCAUUCCCGGGAGCCAGCGAUGCCGACCUGGUGCCAAAGCUUUCCAGAAACUACCUGAAGGAAGGGUACAUGGAGAAGACGGGGCCAAAGCAAACAGAGGGAUUCAAGAAGCGGUGGUUCACCAUGGACGACCGGAGGCUCAUGUACUUCAAAGACCCCCUGGACGCCUUCGCCAGGGGGGAGGUCUUCAUCGGGAGCAAGGAGAACAGCUACAAGGUCCUGGAAGGGCUCCCGCCGUCCACGCAGGGGAAUCACUGGCAGCACGGGAUAACCAUCGUCACCCCCGACAGGAAAUUCCUCUUUGCCUGCGAGACGGAGGACGACCAGCUGGAGUGGAUCACGACCUUUCAGAAGGUGAUAAGCCGGCCGAUGCUGCCUCAGGAAUAUGCAGUGGAAGCCCACUUCAAGCAUAAACCUUAGAAGGGACUGGGCACACCGGAGGAACGAGCUUCUGUUUACAACACAACAUGGUUUUAUUUGAAAUGCUAAAAAAAAUUAUUAAUAAUAAUAACAAUAAUAAUAGUCCCCUUUCCCCUCAUCAUUGACUUGAUCGUGUUGGAAGCCAAGACAACCGCGACAGGCCAGAGAAGAUGCUGAUCACCC